GCUUGUAAUUCUGGGCGCUAUGGAUCUAACUGUUCACUACGAUGUUCAUAUCAACAUUGUAAGUAGAGCUCCAGUUCGACCUGCAAUCCAGUAAAUGGGUCAGUCUGGUUGGCAAGGCAUCGACUGCACAGAUUGUCAGGGCGGACUGACUUACGGUAAUAACCGUGGUAAGCAAUGCACUAAUCGCCACUGCCUGAACAACUCGACAUGCAACGCUAACACUGGAUUGUGUGUAGGAGGUUGUCAGUCGGGUUGGACAGACGUCGAUUGUUCAAAAGCUUGUUCCAGGUCGUGGUAUGGACCCAACUGUUCCCUGUCAUGUACAGACAGACACUGUAGUGGACAGUCACGUUGUAAUCACACUGAUGGGAAAUGUGAAGCAGGUUGUCAGACAGGGUGGAAGAAAGUCGAUUGUGCAGACUGUAGUCUAGACUGCAGUAAGCGAAACUGCAAGGACGACAACUCACCAUGUGAUUCCGUGACUGGAGAGUGUGCUGUAACCGGUUGUCAGAUUUGA